AUGGCCGAUUCGGAAAAAUCCAAGUCCAACAUCCUCCUCACCAUCUGGACAAACACGGAGAACAUUCUCUACAAACUUUUAUUCAAUCGAUUUACUCUCAUCGCAUUCUACGCUUUCUGGUUCCUAUUCGGAGUUCUUGUUCUCCGAAAAACUCAAAAUGCAAUCACAGCAGUGAGAUAUGUAAAGACUCACGGAGAGUCUGUAUCCCUCUCUUCCAUUGAGCAGUCAAGAGAAUUUGCUGACUUGAUCAAGACAUUGGACAAGAAAUUUCCACGACCACCGGCGAUUUUCUUGUUGAAUCAAUACGCGUUGAAUAUGACUGACAACUUUUUGUGUAACACUGGAACGUUGGAAGGAGUUCACGAGAGAUUCAUUUUUGUCACGUUGGAUACGGUAGCUAGGGAUACGAUAAGGAAACGAUGGCCUGAGAUCCAACAGUUCCAUUGGCCAACCCCAUCGCUUUAUAAACCAUUCUCCUUCGCCGAAGGAGCCUACCAAACAAUCUAUCUUCUCAGAUCGAAUUUGGCAUUGGCGUUGAUCAAAAAAGGAAAAUCGUUCUGGAUGAUGCAACAAGACACAUUCUGGCGUAAAAACAUCUUCGACAUGAACUACGAAGACAACAUGGAAUACGAUGCGAUAUUCGAUCAAUUGGGAAGUGAAGAGGAGUCAUCGAUGAGAAAAGAAUGGGUGAACGGAGCGAAUUUCUUUAUUCGAGCCAACAACGACACUCAGUUGUUCUUCGAGAGAAUGUCAGAGAAGUUGGCGCAUUGGUACACUCCCGAUAUGGGAAUUAUGAUUCAGCAGUGCCAUACUUGGAAGAAACCUGUUUGUGCUUAUAUUCCGCAUAAUGUUGUCUACUCGUGGGAAUGGAUGUUCACAGAACAAAAGGAUCCACCAUAUCUGAUGCAAUUGGACUGUGAAACUGAUGGAGGAUCAAAGUUGAUGCAAUUGGGAAGAUACGGAUUCCAUUUUGUGAAUCAGGAUGGAAGUUGUAAUGAGCAGAAGGUAUCCAUCGCAAAAGCCAAAAUGGAAAACGGAACGGUUGAAGUGAAAAUGACAAAAACGCUGCCAUCAUGGGGAAGAUUACAGUUCAAAGCCUACUGGUACAUUGUCGAUUAUAUGUUAUGGACACCGAUUAUCGGAGAGUAUUUGAAACCAUAUUUGGCAAUGAUUGGAUUCAUUUUGAUGAUUACUAUCUAG